AUGGACGACGAAUUUCGAGGUUUCGCUGGAGAGGUUUUCACACUCAGAGUCGGCUCAGAUCAGAAAGACUUAUUUGUUCCCCGCGACAUUCUCAUGGCGAUACCAUACUUUGAACACGCUUUGAAUAGGCAAGUAUCCAGGAGAAUCUCUGGUUUCAUGCUGACUUCUUUUAGUGGUGGUUUCAUCGAAUCGCAGACGAAGACGUUCGUGCUUCCCGAAGACAACGCAAAGACGAUCGCAGACGUCCUGUACUACGCCUAUACAGGCUGCGUCCCGAAACUACCCGACGUAGACCACAGCUGUAGUCGCGAGCAGACCGCACGGGUUGAGGCGUAUCUGUUAGCGUGGGUUGUUGCCAUCAAAUACAAAGCCGAGCAGGUCGCGAAUAGCCUUAUUGACAAAUUCGUCGCGUAUGCUGGGAAGCGUAUGCUGCAUCCUGGCGUGUUGCUCGUCCUUGGAGAGGCCGACAUGCGCGACAUCCUGCUGUAUCGUCUGCUUGCGCCAGAGAUAUUGUGGACCUACAAACGCGGUGUAUAUCCCAACGAGCUUUAUGCUCGAGCCACAGACGAACACACGGACUGUUUCGAGAAUAUCCUACGACGGCUUCCUCAUGAAGAGGUCGUGGCGCUAGUUCUGGCUGCGCAUUGGGCCAACAACGAAUGGCCUGAUUACGACUGGUCAUCCUCUUUCGCUGCACGGGACUUGUGCAAAUUUCAUGUACAUGAUCUGACCGAACCAUGUGAGAAAGGAGAUGACUACAACGAUUUUAGCCAUUACUCUGACGCAAGUCGUUCUGACGUAAAAGAGUCAGAUUGA